UCAACCGUCAGAACAGAGGAGGGAGAAAUUGCAGAGAGAAACGAAAUUAAAAUUUAAAAUUUUAAGCUCUUGGUGAGAUAUCGUGUCAGCGGCUCCAAAACCAAAAUCCUUCCGAGUCUAUCUUUUUUGUGAUUUCGGUAGAGCGUUUCUUUUUGGUUAUGCGCAUUUUCUGCCGCGUAUUAUUAUUUAGAGAUUCACUGCCGCGUGUUUCUCCCUCUGGUGACUAUUUGGCGACAUGGUGGGCGGCGGGGGCGGCGGCAGUGGUAGUUGCUGUGACAUGACCGUCAAAUGCUCUUGUAGGUGGAGGCUGGAAUCCCAUCACCACCUCUACAAACGCUUAUUUUCCUCUUGUUUCGUUUUCUUCUUUGUGUGUCUGGUAUUGUUCGGAUCAAUUGCCACCCUCUAUGUUUGGCUUGUGUUUACGCCGUCUUUUCGGACGGUAUUGUCAUCGUUCGGCUGCCAGAAGGACAAUGAGGGUUCUUGGUCAAUUGGGAUUUUCUACGGUGAUUCUCCCUUCUCCCUCAAACCCAUCGAAGCUGUGAAUGUGUGGAAAAAUGAAACUGCCGCUUGGCCUGUAGCUAACCCCGUCGUGACGUGUGCUUCACUUUCUGAUGCUGGUUUUCAGAGUAAUUUUGUAGCUGAUCCUUUUCUUUUUAUCCAGGGAGGUACUUUUUUCCUGUUCUAUGAGACAAAGAAUUCAAUCACUUUGCAAGGAGAUAUUGGAGUUGCAAAAAGUACUGACGAAGGAGUCACAUGGCAACAAUUAGGCAUUGCCUUGAAUGAGGAUUGGCAUCUUUCUUAUCCAUAUGUAUUUGAAUAUCUUGGACAGAUAUAUAUGAUGCCAGAUAGCAGUACAAAAGGUGAACUUCGAGUAUACAGAGCACUUAACUUUCCUUUGCAAUGGAAAUUGGAAAAGGUUAUCAUGAGAAAGCCCCUUGUUAAUUCAUUAAUCAUUAAUCAUGAUGGGAGGUAUUGGCUUUUUGGCUCGGAUUACAGUGGUUUUGGCAUUAAUAAAAAUGGGCAGUUGGAGAUUUGGCAUAGUAGUUCACCCCUUGGUCCUUGGAUACCUCACCAGAAAAGCCCCUUAUAUAACAUUGACAAAAGCAUGAGAGCUCACAAUGCAGGCAGGCCAUUUUUCUACAGAGGAAAUCUUUUUCGUAUUGGUCAGGACUCUAGUAAAAUGUAUGGGAGUCGGGUCCGCAUUUUUAAGAUAGAAGUUCUUACUAGUGAAGAAUACAAAGAAAUUGAAGUACCCUUCAACUUUGUUGAGCCUGAAAAGGGUCGAAAUGCCUGGAAUGGUGCGCGACACCAUCACCUAGAUGUGCAACAGUUGCCAUCUGGUGGUUGGGUUGCAGUUAUGGAUGGGGAUCGUGUUCAUGUUGGGGAUUUAGUCCAACGCUUCAUUACUGGCUAUGCUUCAAUAAUAGGUGCUGCUGUUCUCAUUGUGCUAAUGGGUGUGUUACUUGGACUUGUGAGUUGUAUUUUUCCUCUCAACUCAUUCAUGCAGAGCUCUGGGAAGAGGAACGUUGCUUUCUUGUCUUGGGAAAGAUCAAAUUUGUUCUUGUCAAGAGUAAUACGAUUUUGGAGCUGUGUAAACCGAGCAAUGACAUCUCUCCGAGUUAAAAUCAAUCAAAGUACUUGUAUCAGGAGGUCAGUUCUUGCUGUAAUGUUUGUAUUAGUGGUUGGAUUAAUUUGCCAAGGGGUUAAGAAUAUCUAUGGGGGCAAUGGUUUUGAAGCACCAUACCCCUGGAAAGGACAAUAUUCACAAUUCACAUUAUUGACUAUGACUUAUGAUGCUCGUCUUUGGAACUUGAAGAUGUAUGUGAAGCAUUAUUCAAGAUGUUCUUCUGUACGAGAGAUUGUUGUGGUUUGGAACAAGGGAGUUCCUCCCAAAUUGAGUGAUCUAGAUUCGGCAGUGCCAUUGAGGAUCAGGGUAGAGGAAAGAAAUUCAUUGAAUAAUCGAUUCAAGGUUGAUCCAUUGAUUAAAACAAGGGCUGUCCUUGAGCUUGAUGAUGACAUUAUGAUGACAUGUGAUGAUGUUGAGCGAGGUUUUAAUGUAUGGCGUCAGCACCCGGAUCGAAUUGUUGGAUUCUAUCCCCGGCUUAUCAGUUGGAACUCAUUAAAAUAUAGGCCAGAAAAAUAUGCUCGAAUGCAUAAAGGGUAUAACAUGAUUCUUACUGGUGCAGCUUUCAUCGAUUCUCAAAUAGCUUUCAGGAGGUAUUGGGGUGAGGAAGCCAAGCAAGGGAGGGAUCUGGUGGACAAGUAUUUUAACUGUGAAGACGUGCUUUUAAAUUAUUUGUAUGCAAAUGCAAGUUCACUGUCAUCUAGGACAGUUGAUUAUGUGAGACCGGCUUGGGCCAUUGACACAUCAAAAUUUUCUGGUGCAGCAAUCAGCAAAAACACACAGGUGCAUUAUCAGUUUAGAAGUAAUUGCCUUGUUAAAUUUUCACAGAUGUAUGGAAAUUUGGGUCCUAAGUGGGAAUUUAAUAGUCGGAAAGAUGGUUGGGAUUUAUAGUGGAGAAGAAGAUUUUGCAGGUAGGCUGGCUCUUGCAGUUAUGAAUAUUUUCUGAUCCAUAAUUUUUGUGCCCCACUGAAUUUAUAUGUGCUGGGGAUUUCAGUAGAUUUGGUUUUUGACUUGUAAAUAUGUUCUAUAAUAGCUUCUUGGAUGCGGGAGCUGGUAUAUUGAUUAUUAUUCUUAAUGUCUUAUCAAUCUACAGUUUUAGUCAAUAAUAUUUUUAUUUUUAUACUA